CUUUCUUUCGGCUCUUGAAACGAUGAGAAUAGAUUGGAAUUUGCGUGACUGAUGGUAGAUUUCAGCAGCACGUAUAGCAAGUCAAGAGUGGAUUAGUAGCGCGGAUAACAUCACCUUCGCAUUAUUGUAGCGAGGCACUUAUCAAUCAGCAGCAGCCAGCACCAUGAUUGACGUGGUUGGAAUCAUAUUCGCCAUCCUGGUAGCAGCUGGCGGAGUAUUCGGCUACAUAAAAGCAGGAUCUCUUCCAUCUUUGAUCGCGGGCGUUUCGUUCGGCAUACUGCUCGCAGUGGGAGCAUAUUUCAACUCGAUCCAAGAACCCAUCCCACUGAUCCAAAUCAUAUUCCUAUUGCUGCUGGGUGUCCUGAUGGGAUUCCGAUGGGUAAGAUCGGGAAACUUCAUGCCCGCUGGAAUGCUCACAGUGCUGAGCGCCGCUGUUCUGGUAUGGACAUGCGUCAUCUAUUGGGAGCACUUGCCAUUUGUGUCGAAACCGGUGGUCACCGAUGGCGUCCCUAAAGCAGAAACCCUCUCCAUGGUGCAGUGAAAUUUGAACCAAUCUGAGAAUCUAUCACAAAUAAGAUUAUCGUGAACAACUGAUUUUUUAGGUAUAACGAUCUCUAUAAAGCUGUGUGAAAGUCAACAUAGACUUUAUAGAUACAUAACAAAUAUUUUUUAAAUCUAUAUUUACAACUUUACAAUUGUAUAAUUUCUUUCUGAAAUAAACAAAUGAUUUGAAUGUA